GGGACGCGUGGGCAAAAACAUUCCUUUAGGGGUGUGUGACAUCGUGCGGGACAACUGGCCGCCUUGUCAAAGGGGCGGGCGACUGACUGUGCCUGUUGUGCGACACGCGUGCGACAGGUGUGAUUGUGAUUGUCCGUCGUGCUCGACAGAAACAGCAAAAAGACGCCAUCUUUCCUUGAAGGUGGGCAAACAGAAAUCUUUCCCCGUGCGAUGGAUUACGAAUUGUUCCUUGUGCGGCAACCCGGGCGCUUGCAGCGCGGCACUUUGCGCAUCCUCCGUUUCCUUCCGGAUGGCAUGAGCUUGUCCACCAUGACUCCCAACCCAAUUACAACGCGGGUCGCCUAUGCCAGCAUUGUCAAUGUGGGGGUGUCGUCCGAAGACCCAUUCGAAUUUACCUUGAUUAUCGAUGACGGACGAAAGCGGGAGCUGCUCAAGCUCGCUUGUGAGACAAGGACCGAGUUGUUGACGUCUCUGUAUAACAGAAUCGACGACCUGAGUGGCUAUGGUACUGAUUUUCUGAUGAAAAAGCUCAGCGUUCGCACAGGCAAAUAUGUAGAAACACUCCUGCGAGUACGCAGCACCUCUAUUUUAAAGUUGCCACCAGAAUAUGCUGAUGAUGAGAAGACUCUUUCAGAGAAAAAGGUAGAUAUGUACGAUAUACAGCGAAUUGAGACCAUAAGUGAUGAUGACCAGGGUGUGCUGCUUCAUUUGAGUUCUCGCGUGAUGAGACUGUCAUCAAGCGAUGCGAUGGCAUUUGUACUUACCAUACAGCAGAACAUGAGGGGGUACCUUGGUAUCGACAUUGAGGCAGAAAGGAUAACAACUCAAGACAUGCUACAAGCUGCAGCUGAUGAUAAUGAUCGCUUGACAACCAAACCUCACCUUUAUGAAUUUGUUGCACACAAGAAGGUGAACCCCGAUGGGAGGCUGCGAGAUGAGCGGUUGCUUAGACUCACUCACAAGGAAAUGAUUGAGCUGUUGGUGGACGAGGUUGUGUGUGAACACAGAUUAGAGGAUAUCCGGGGAGUUGUUGUUGUGGAAAACAGCAUGACCGAGGUGAUUGUGGAGUACAAGAAUUGGAGACCAACGCACUACCAUUUGGGGGAUAGAGAUGGGUUCGUGGCUGCAUUGGGAGAUGUAAUGGCACACAUGGACACAUUUACUAUCAGACUUGAGUCAAUGUUGGAUUGUACCAUACCGGGAAGAGUGCCACCUCAUAUCAUUAGUGAAUUUGAAAACCACUUGCUUUCGAAGCUUUGGGUAGCGUAUAAUUCUAAUCGAGAUCCAGGAAAGUGGUUUCCUGUCAUUCGGGAGUAUUCUUGUAACAUUCAGCGGGAUUCGCUUUCAUACAGCGGGAAAGGACGCACUCUGCUCAACUUGGGGGGAGAUUCGCUUUGUGUAGAGCCAAAGUUGAUGGACGUUGUUGCCGACCUCAUAAAAGAUACCAUUGUAAAACAUGGGCUUAGCCCUCGAUAUUUGCUGCCAUGCUGCAUUGUGCUUGAAAGGCUAUUGUCUGCACGUGCGUGCUUUGAAGCUGUAAGGAAUCAUCCUGAAGUUAUCGCUUCACUUUUUGCUUGCAUCAGCAGUGUGACAGAACCUGUUGUAAGUUUUGCUGCUGCAAGGGCUGUCAAGGCCGCCGUGCAAUUCAAUCCUCAAGAGGGUGCACUGAAAGACUACGCCAUUUAUCAAAGAGAAGUGGUAAAUAAACAUGUAGUUCUGGCACCGGAGAACAUGCAUCAGUUAGCAGCGGUCCUCCGACUGCAUGCAUCGACAGACCAAAAUCCAUUGCAGCUUUUAGGUGUUCUUGAUGUGUUGAUAACUGCUGUGAAUAGCCCUGCUGUUGAUACAGAACAAGACCGAGUUUGGCAUAGGAGCUUGGAAGCUUCGUUAAUGCCUGUUUGUGACUUGCUUUGCGCUUUGUGCCGAUCACCGAGCACUGUCGUGUAUUAUAGCAAUGCCCAAUUCUUUCUGAGUCUGCUGACCAAGAUGGAACAAACUGCCCAGGAGCAACUGCAGAAGGAAGCACUGUCACAGGGUGUGGUCCUUGUCUUCCUGAAGCAUGCAAUCUUCUCCGAUUAUCAGAGGGUUCGUGACCUUAGCGGUAAGCUUCUUUACAUUAUGAUGGAGGGAACCGAAGAAACAAGGCAAGAAACAAGGCAGCUGUUGGACUCCAUUCUCCCGAAGGGUUUCAUGCUGCUGAAUGACUGGAAGAUAUCAACAAGGAGAGUAGACAAGGAUGUGAGGAUGAGGGAUGUCCGGAUUGCAUGCUGGUUGGAGACAAUGGAGGCCUUGAGAAGUGAAGAGAUUCUCACACCUGUUCUGGUGUGGAAUACAAUGAAACGGCGAGAGCUCUUGAAGUUCCUGGAGGAGGAGAUAGAAGGCUUCAGUCGCGCAUGGACAGUUUCGCAUGACGCCGUGUACAAUUAUUUGGAGGCUCAUCUUGUUUACUCCCUUGCGAGUGAGAAUCAUGGAACUGUGGUUGCUGGAAUAAACUUGGAGGUUCUCGUUGAUGAACGAGAGCAAGACAAUGCCGCAUAUGGAUGGAAGAUGCCUGACCCGCGCCGCCUAUUUCAAUCUUUGUUCCAUUCUCUGAUGCUGGGAUUUACUGUACUUCAAGAGCGAGGAGUUGCUGAAGUCGAUCUUCGGCUGGCGGUCCACGCACUUUCAUGGGUGUAUGAGCGGUACUCUCACCAGCUGCAAGAGUUGGUGUUGGACCUUCUGAUGAUAGAGAUCGUCGUGGAGAUGUUCCGGGAGGCCUUCGAUAACGACCAGAAGGUUUUGGCAUUUAAGCUACUUUCAUUCUUGCUGCUAUUGAUGGACGUGGGCGGAAGGGACAAUGUGCUACGUUUUGUGCGAACAAAUGGCGAGAAGGUGCUAGUUCCAAUGAUAGUCACCACCCUAGCUAAGUGCUGUACAGACGUGCACGCUUUCGAGUCACCUACGGGGGCAAUUCUAAGCACAAGGAAGACUUUCUCCAGUAGCAGCCGCAGCUUGAGUGUCAACAGUGCAUUGAGCGACAAGAUGAGCAUAGCCUCCCGACCAUACCGGGGAGAAGACCUCCAACGUUUUGUGAGCUUCCGGACCCGCGCAUCAGUUAGGUGGUUGGAUGAGCAGUUAAAUGAAAUGCUACUCUUUGGUCUCGGUCUCGACAUGCUAGAUGCCAUUCUGAGAGUAUCAGCCACAGAGAUGAGCACUUCCCUUGUUCCUCCUCCAAAGGCUGUGCUGGCGCUAGGCACAGAAGAGAUUCUCUGCCAUCUUGCUCAAAUGCUUUUGCGUGUCCAACAGCCCACAUUUGGAAGGCUAAUGAGCAUUGUCAAGAACAUUGCAAUGUCAUAUAAGGGUGCUCUCUCCAAGGUCUACAGACAUGGGUUUUUUGAGAUUCUCCUCUGGAAAUUCAUCUGUGGCACCAUCACCGAUGCUGACCGCGUGUCCAUCGCCGAAUUCCUUGGCGCCUCUCAUCUUCACCAGGACCAAGAUGCAUUAGCGCAUGCUAUGCUAAAGAGUCGAGGAAAGUUGGGAAAUGGGCUUUGGCAGGAUAGCAUCCUCCAGCUGUACUUGCCUGAAGGAGUGAUAAUGAAGCUCUGCACAGAGGGUGCGCACGCUUUUGUUGAACUCGUGAACUCUGGGGAGGAAAGCCCAGAAGUCAUAUGGAAUGCAUCAAUGAGGAAUCGACUCGUCAAACAUUUGGAAAAGAUACUCGACCAUGCAGUCAAAGCGCGGGCGGAGAAUCCUCUUGCAAUCAGUCUGUUUUUCCCUCGUCCAGCACAAGUGUAUCCCGAGCUCGCAGAUGCUGUGUAUUCUACCCCAUUUUAUCUGCAGAACCUCCUGGAUGUGGAGCGCUUUCCUGACUACGUCAUGCUGGAACCAGCUUCUUUUCACACCAACUUGAUGCAGGACCUUCGUGCUCUUGCCGCAGGAGUGUCCACAAGUGCUAUGGGCGGUGUCACAGCUGAAUGGCACAAUAACAUGAGGCGGAUUCUUUUGCUGCUGCGGGCACAGGGUUUUGUCCUGCAACAGUACCCACAGAUUCAUCUUCCAGAUGACACAGAGACAGUGCUUAUUGAUGUAGCAUCACCAGCUCUUUAUGUCUGUUCCUCGAUGAGAGAGGUCACACCACCAUCAGCAAUUGAGAUACUUCAUCAAAGCCUCCGAGUGUUGCGGCGAGUCGCUGCAUCGAGCGAUGAGGACCAUGACGUGUCGAGUACAGCUCUUGACUUUGCAAUGAGUGUUCUGGAGAUUGGACAGCAAUGUCAAGUCGCGGACGCCACCUUGUCUGAGCCCGGUUUUUCCGAGAUGGUGGAAUCAGCGCUGGCUAGUGCCCUCUGCAUCACAGAACUCGCGGCAUCAUCAAGGGAGGGACGACAACAGCUUGGUGAUGACCCCCGAUGGCAUAAAAUCUUGUGGUGGGUAUUGAGCCGUGCAGCAACUGACAUGGCGUCACCAGACGAUAACCCAGAUGGUCUUGCUGUUGAGAUGGCGGCUUUGAACUGUCUCAAUCAUUUUGCUGGCGACGAAAAGUUCUGCUUUGAGGCGGUCAAAAUUGGUUUACAUCUUCCACUCUUGCUGUUGGCAGUUCCAGAUGAAAACACCCAGAUUAAGGUCAGGACAAAGCAGCUGGGGCAGUCUUGCCAGGGAUUGCUGAAUUCAUCAGUAACAGCUCUGCGAACACUUGUGAACACUCUCAAUCGCACAGGGGGCAUGGAGCAGUCAACGGGCCAGCCAAUGGGCCGUGCUGCAUUUCUGAGCAUUUUGCCAAUGGCUCUGUUGGUCUGCUUGGAAGAUGAAGAAGAUGGGCCAGCGAAGUUUAUCGAACUAUCUGCAAUGAAUCUUGAACAGCCAUUGCGUGUGUACUGUGAUUUUGCAAUUCUUCCAGAGACCUAUGAAGACAAUGAGCUGGAAUGGCUAUUCAACUUUGCGUAUGAGACAUUGAAAGGCCAGUUGGUAAUCGGAGGCAUAUUCAUUCAGGGCUUUGCAAGCGGGCAGUGGCAAGGAUUCAAUCUACCAGAUCCAGGGGAGUUUGUCGAGUCCAUCCAAGACUUUCUUCAUUCGAAUCUACGGCUGAUCGUUUUGCCCGGCGCCUCAGAGGUUGUUGAGGUUUUUGAAUCAGAUGAUGAAAACGACGACACAGGCUCUGUGGACGGUGCCAACUCAAUCACAGUAGCGGACUAUAUGACAGUAAUGGCAGCAUUUGAGGAAUGCCUGAAAUACUGUAUACAGGAAGGACACGAAGAACUUCUCAUACACUUCAGGUUCCCUCUAUUCGCAAGAAUCGCCCGGUCAAGGAGUUUCCUCACAGAGGCAAAGGUCACAAUUUGUCGGCUCGUUGCAGUCCUGGCCUCGCAUGAUGGAAUGAGGGAGGAGCUCAUCUUCUCCGAGCUAUGGGGCGGUCUCACAGUCCAGCUAUGGGACUGCAUGGUUGCAUAUCCAGAGGAGGGAACUGAAGAGGUGAUGCUGGCGACUCUGCAUGUUCUCCAGCUGAUCAGCAUGGAGAUUCCGUCAACAGUGAGUGCAGCAAAUUAUUUCUUGGUCGGCAGUGUGUUUCUCCCAGUGCUUGCUCUCUUUCUCAAGAUCAAACUUCCUCCUCUCCUGGGACAGGACCCGGAAAGCGCAACAAAGGCCUUCCCUGCCCAGUCGCCAUUGAUCUCUCCACUUUCUGAGCUGCAGAAGUCAACGGUCACUCCACCAUCGCCUCCCGAGGACAAAGGAGAAGACCAUGCAGAGAUGUCCGACCUGGGUAACGGAGCGGACAAAGAGAAUGAGGAAAAGUCUGCAGCAGAUGAGGUCAUAGUCGCUAAUGGAAGCAUACAGAUGGAGGACUCUCAUACUAAGGCAAAUGGCGAUGAAACUGGAACUCAUGAUAUUCCCGACUCGGUGCGGACAGCAGCUGCUCGUAUUAUAAGUCAGCUCCUUCUGGCAGCAAGCGGCCUUAAAGACCCUGCUUCUCCGCCGCUGGACAGGCCUCUGACAAGAAAAGUGACAAUUUUUGAACGAGAUCUAUCACGGAGUAACUUUUCAGCGAUCAACAGAGGUGUAUCUGUAAAAGUGUUUGAUUCUAUUGAUGAUGCGGACGAGACCAGUACGAAUGUGCAUGUGGCAAAGCAGAAGCCUGUUUUUCUGAGCUGGAUUUUAUCUACAGUUGCAGAUGAUGAGGGGAGCAGCUUGCCCCACGCCCCUACCACCCGGGACGACUAUGAAGAAGGAUAUGUCAGAGAACUAUACAUUGGAGGGUUCUAUCUUGAUCAAUUCCUGAGGAAUCCUGAUUUUGACUUUGGCAAUGUCCUGGAGAGGAGGUUUAUGCGAGAGCUAAGGAAGUACAUUUCAAUUGCGGCGCCUACUCACGGGAACCACGGCAAGGACUUCUCCUUCGAUGACAGAAGGCGGCUUCUUCUUGCCCAGUUGCUAUUGUUCAAAGGGCGACCAUCGCUACUUUCAGGAUCGUCUCUUGUCGACAUCUUCCUAUCAGUGUAUGACUUCAUUAGCUCAAGGGCUGUGGCAAUCAGCAUGAGAUCGGGUUUGCUGCCAAAGAUUGCAGACAUUGUUGUUGAUGUGGAUUGCUCCGUCGCUUUGAGGCAGAGAGCUGCUGAGGUGCUUGCUGUGAUGUGUGCAGACAAACGGAGAGGAAUCGAGGUUUCUCGUCAUCUGGAUAAGCAAAUUCCUUCUUCGAACAAGGGCUAUGGUGCAUGGCUAAUUCCCUUGAGCAAGAUUCUGGACACUGUGGUCGACAACAAGACGCUCCGGCACUUCUUGCGGAACACGCAUCCGUGCCCAUGGUGGAGACCCAAAUCAUCGGAGGAUGUCAUCGAUGGCAGCGACCAAUCAACACUCUUCUUUACAUGAUUCUCACUCGUCGGAAGUCGUGCGCCAGGACAGAACGUACGAAUCAUGUGCACCGGCAGCUGCUUGGAAGGAACAACUGUCAGCAGGUUGCUGACAUGAUUCUGACGUGUCAGAGAUACUGCAUGUUUUUUUCACUUGCUUGAUGUAUUCAGUACUGUACGUUAGCGCCUGCUUGGAAGGAUCAGGACCUGAAUGUCAGGGCGGAUCGCAUAACGAGGAGCAACUGUCAGCUGCUGAAAGCGGGUGGGACAUUAUUUUUGUAACUUGUUUCUAAAUUCCUCAGAAGGGGCUCCGGUCCAUAUCUCAUCUGUGCGAACGUAUUGACUGAGAAGCUCUGCAGGUUGGUCACAACAUGUGCAAUCCGCCGCAUGUCAUGGUGAAGCAUAGCACCGAGUUACGGGCUGUUGUCGGGGGGUUCGCCUGUGUGGCUGUUGCCACACUUGCCUGUGUGUCAUUUCUUGUGACCAGACAGUCCUCAUAGCAUUAUUAUGCUCAUGCUUCAAGCUAGCAAGGUGUCAAUUGAAAGGUUGCUUGCCAGCAGCAGAGGGCAUCUAGAGUUUGUGUACGCUGUACAGUGUGUAGUUAGGACACCGCAACACUCUUCCAAACAGUGUGGUAGGUGGCGCAAUGUUCUUGCAGAUGUAUUUGGGGCAAUUUUCAGGCUACGUGCAGCAAUAAGCACUGUACAUUCUUUUCCGGAACUCUAAAGAAACAUGCUGUUUUGAACAAUGUGGUGGGAAAAUGACUGAGUCAUGAAAGACGGGACGGUGGUAACACUGUAAGCAGUGUAAAGGUGUCGAAAACUUCAGGGGUGCCCUCGAGGGUGGCACGUACUAGAAGAGGUGAGGCUUUGUGCGGCGAAUUGCCGACAAUUCAAGUCAAUGGAUGAUGUCAGGAGGAGGGGAGGUGGCCUCUCUUGAGGAGUGUUUCCCGGAUUAUGGGGUGCAGUUAUGCAGCCUGCAGCACGCCAUCUGUUGCAUGGGCGUUUCACACAGUUCCGGUGCUAUGUUAUCCCCAUUUCACUGCAGUGCCGCGCGCCAAUGGAAGGCUCUGUCCUGUGCACCGGCAUCAUGGCACCUGUGGUCAUGGUUGGCUUAUUUCGGGAUCUGCACGAUCCACUAGCAGAGGGAUUUCUGCGCCACGGACCAUCUUCUAAAGCAGCACCGUUGGAAACCAUAGCAGCAUCGUUGGAAACCAUCAUCUCCCGGAGAGACUGCGAUUUGUCACCGUCGGGUGUUCCUUCUCACCUCAUCAUCCCUCGAAUGCCAUCGUCCAGGACUCCAGGUGGCACAUCUAGAUGUUCCGCCGGAUGGGAGACUACGUCGUUACGGAUCAUGACAUUGCAAAUAUGCUUCUGACCAACGAGCAGAGUCAAGGACAGCUCCUUCUCACCCCAUCAUUCACUCGGCGAACUGUUCAAAUCUCAGGAUUCUUUAGUGGGGCAGAGGGCUCGUAGUAUUACCACACACCGCGAAUGACAUCAUCCAGGUGGCACAUCUAGAUGUUGAGACAGAUGCGAGAGUACCAUGGUUACAGCUCAUCGCAUUACAAAGAUGCUUUUGACUCAUAAGCAUUGUCAAGGAAAGCUGACGCAG